CACUCCGCCAUUCGCGACCUCGGCUGUCAAUCACCGCUGGCCAGUGAUUCCCUGCCAGCACUCGGCGAUCUCUGAGUAUUACCGAUGGGGGAGAGACCUGUAUGGAAACAAUACAGAUCUCUCCCCUAUCAGCUCCUGAACACUGCUUUGUAUGGCUUUGCAUAACAGAGCCAAUGAAACACAGACACAGUACACAUAGUAAAACAGCACACAGUUAACCCUUUGAUCGCCCCACAUGUUAUCCCCUUCCUGCCCAGUGUCAUUAGUACAGUGUCAGUGCUUUUUAUUAGCACUGAUCACUGUAUUGGUGCCACUGGGGAUGUCAGUGACACCAAGUCAGUUUCCACUAGUGUCAGAAUGUCUGCCGCAGUCCCGCUAUAAGUCGCUG